GACUCAGAGAUCGCCAAACGCCUUGAUUAUUCAGACUCUGUACCUAAUUUCUCAUCUCAACACUCUUAACACUUAUUAAAGGAGAAAAUAGGACUUGAGCAAUGCACUAAUGACAGAAAAUUGAGUAAACUAAUCAACUGAACAUGAAUGCCACACGCCCUUAAUAUAAUUGAUGCAACUGAAGCUGAUGUAAUAUGUUGCCUAAUCUACAAUGACUCAUGACUCAAAAGUCUCCAAGUCUUAGUCUUUAGUCUUUGAGCUGAAUCAGUCUCAUUUCAUAAUUUCUCAGUUCAUACAUGAGGAUAUUUCCAAGCUUUAACCUUUACUUAGAGUCCCAGCUCCACGUCAGUCCUCAAAAUGCAUUAUCACAAAACCCAUCAACAUCACAAUUAAUAAACUAACUUGAAUGCAUAAGAUUCUAUUCACACACAAAUUUCCACAACAGUCUAAUCUCAUCAAUCAAGUCUAUUUAUAAACUAAUUAAGCAUAUACCAUAGCCAAAGCAUAACAACACAAUAUUCUAAACCAUGUCAUCACCUAUCUCUUACCUCCUUGCAGCUCUUCUCUCACUCUUGUUAUUCAACUUCCAUGGAAGCAAAGCCAACUUUGUACCCACAAAAAAUUGCCCCAUAUACAAUUGUAGUAAUGGCCCUGAUUUUCACUACCCUUUUUGGAAAAUUGAAGACUCCACCGCCGAUCAAUAUUGUGGUUACCCUGGUUUUGGUCUCAAUUGCUCAGAGUCCGGAGAGCCAAUACUCAGUCUCCCAAAUAAUGACUCCUAUUAUGUGAAAGGCAUAAACUUUAUUGAUUCCACCAUCACCCUUGUUUACAUCGACGUCUUCGAUCAACAAUGCCCUAAGCCGAGACACAGUAUGAGUGUAGGCACGCUCCCAUUGGAUUAUUCCCCAUUGGAUGUGAACCUGAGCUUCUACUUCAACUGCACUUCCUUUCCUGGUCCUGCUGUGCCUCCCAUAACCUGCUUGGGAUUAGAUGGUACCAAAAAGUUUUAUGUUUUCAAGGAGGGAGAGCAGCCAGGUGGGUUUGAUUGGUCUGAAAGUUGUGAGGAGAAUGUGGUGGUGACUGUGAUGAAGAGUAAGGAGCUUUAUAUUGAUGUGUUGACUGGUGCUUUUGGAGGGCUUAUGAAGCAGGGGUUUGUGCUUAACUGGACCACGGCGAAGGAGUGCGCUUCGUGUGAGAGUGGUGGUGGUAUGUGUGGGUACAACCCCACUAAAGCUGAUGAGUUUCUCUGCUUCUGCAAAUAUAGUGAUGGCCUAUGCGAGAAGAAAGGCCCUAAGCUCAACCGGAGAUUGAAGGUUGUCUUAGGCCUUUGCUCGGUUAUUGGAACUAUAGCUGUAAUGUGCUUCAUUUUUUUUAUAUGGCGACGCCGCAACAGAAAUCAAUGUGGUCCAUCAUCCUACGCAUCUCGAAUCAUCUAUUCUAAAAGCUAUUCCAGAAGUGAUACUGAGAAGGGAAGUGCAUACACUGGAGUUCAUGUAUUCACCUACAAUGAACUUGAACAAGCAACAAACUAUUUCGAUUCAUCUAAAGAACUUGGUGGUGGAGGCUUUGGCAGAGUUUACUAUGGAAAAGUCCGUGAUGGGCGAGCAGUUGCUGUCAAGCGACUAUAUGAAACCAAUUGCAGGAGAGUUGAGCAGUUCCUGAAUGAAAUUGAGAUUUUAGCUCGCCUACGCCACCGAAACCUUGUGUUACUCUAUGGAUGCACCUCUCGUCACAGCCGUGAACUCCUCCUUGUCUACGAAUAUGUUCCCAAUGGAACUCUUGCUGAUCAUCUUCAUGGUGGAAAAGCAAAACCCGGUGCACUGCCAUGGCAUACUCGAAUCAACAUUGCCGUAGAAACUGCAAGUGCAUUGUCCUAUCUUCAUGCGUCUGAGAUCAUCCACCGUGACGUGAAAACCACUAACAUUCUUCUUGACAACAAUUUCUGUGUCAAAGUAGCAGAUUUUGGACUAUCUCGUCUCUUCCCCACGGAUGUCACCCAUGUAUCAACUGCUCCACAAGGAACUCCAGGUUAUGUUGAUCCUGAUUAUAACCAAUGCUACCAGCUUACUAUGAAGAGUGAUGUCUAUAGCUUCGGUGUGGUCCUGGUUGAACUCAUAUCAUCCUUGCCUGCUGUUGAUAUCACAAGGCAUCGACAGGAGAUCAAUUUGUCAAACAUGGCUAUCAACAAGAUUCAGAAACAUGCAUUGCAUGAGCUAGUGGAUCCAUCCGUGGGGUAUGAAUCGGACUUUAAAGUAAGAAAAAUGAUCAAUGCAGUGGCGGAAUUAGCGUUUCGGUGCCUGCAAAAUGAAACCGACAUGAGACCUUCUAUGGUUGAUGUGGAAAAUGAACUAAAGAGGAUACAGAGUGAUGAUUUUAGUAAAGAAAAGGCAGAGGAAAUUGAUAUUUCAGCUGAUGAUGUUGUGCUGUUAAAGAGUGGUCCUUUGCCACCUUCACCAGAUUCUGUGACAAUAAAUUGGGUUAGCAUGUCUUCAACACCAAAUGAUAGCACUGCUUAAACUUUUCCUUCUAGUUAUCUAUGAUACCAUUGUCAUUCUCCUUUCAUCUAUUAAACAUGUGAUUUGUUGAAUGAGAUGUAAAUAUUUGUUUCA